AUCCCGACCCAGGUCCCGAAAAAUAUCAUUCCGCAUCCGGCAAAGUACGGGAGAGUCAGGAGGAACCUCGACGCAGGCCAGCUGAUAAUAAAACCCAGCGCAAAAGUGGGACGCGGAGCGAUUCCGUUGAAACUUUACAUUCGCGCAACUUUCGGUUCGGAAGUUUUUACCGGGUGCUUCGCAGCGGGAUUUCGGGCGAAGUGUUAAUUGAAUAUCGGCUAGGAGCGCCAGCAGUCAGCAGAAAAGUUAUCGGACCAUAUAGCCACCGGGCAGCAUAAUGAAUCUCCAAUCGGUAGUUUGCGUCGUUUGCGUUUUCGUCGCCGUUUGCGCGGCGCAGGAUGCUGUACCGGCCGGAGGCCCUGGAGGCUUGACGCUGGCGGAUCAGGCGGCCCAGUACAAGGAGACGGUGCUGUUGGUGCUGGCGAAGCGAGCUACCAGCGUGCCGGUGGAAAAUGCUCCCGAAGUGGCGGCCGUCAUGGCCGAAACGGCCCAGCUGCUGGACGCGUGUGCCGAGGCGCUGGAAGUUCACCAGCAGGUCUGGCAGUACAAGGUAUGCGGUUCGGGCGCCCUGCAGCAAGGGCUUGCCGGGCUGAACGCUCUUCAGGUGGCUAGCAGUGCAGCGGCGAGAUAAAGAGCAAAGGCAUCGAGAGUAGCGAAGCAUGAAAAUAAAACGUUGGCAAAUAAAGCAUUGUU